CCGACCUCUUUAUUUUGAUCCGCCCCACACAUCGCGCGAGAUGGGGCUCCGGAAGAAGACCAAGGCCAAGGCCGACGACGCGGCGACGACCGAUGUCAACCAGGGCGAAGGGCUCUCGCUGGACGCGUACUUUAACAGCAAGAAGGACUAUAGCGUCGAGGCCAUGAAGGAGACGUCCGAGCUCCUCGAGAAGACCAAGCCCGCCGACAACGCCAUGGUCAUGACCCGCCUCGACGACGACGAUGCCAACGCCGACGACGCGGACGAGAAGAUCCCGAUCUGCGCCAUGCACGACGACGACGACCCGCCCGACGAAAUGUACGAAGACGACUACGAGACCGAGACCGAGCCGGCCGCUUCGAACGCGGUCGCUGGCCUCUCGCUCAGCGACUACCUCACGGGCGCGCCCAAGAAGGAAAAGCCAAAGAAACCAAAGAAAGACGACGGCGCCAACAUUGAAGGCAUGUCCCUCGAGAGCUACCUCGGGGCGUCGUCGCUCGACGACGACGCGAAAGACGCCAAGAAGGCAAGUGUCAAGCGACCAAAGCCGCCGCUGGAGCCGGCCCCGAAGACCAAGGCCGCACCGUCCCUGCAAGCGGGCAAGAAGAAGCCGAUGCUAACGAGCACGACCAAGCGAAAGGACGAUUUGGCGACCAUGAACAAGAAGAACCAAGGGGCGAUGCUUAUGGUGAAGCGCAAGGCGCCGUACAAGUCGGCGCUCAGCGGGAAAAAAGCCAUCGACGACGGGUCCCCGACCAAGCAAGGACCGCUCCCGAAGCUCCAAAACAGCUUCACGUGCAAAGCGUACGGCAGCGCCGUCGACGCCGUGCACGACGACGACGAGUCAAGGCUACCGCCGCUGCCGCAUUGA